CUUAGCCCCGCCCUUUGCUAGUAUCCAAAUAGGGUAGUACAGAAGGGUUGCUGAUUUACUGUUCCUCUUGCUCCACUCGCUCCUUACCUGCCGUUUGGAAUAACGCAGCUUAAAAAUGGCUAGCAAGUUUUCAAGCGAGAAGUUGGAAGAGAUACGCGCUCAAUUUGAUCAGUUUGAUGCUGAUGGCAAUGGACACAUAACAUGCUCUGAGAUUGCUGAAGUCCUCAAGGCCUUGGGCGAGUCUACCCCUGGAUACAAGAUCAGGGAUAUGAUCAAAGAGGUUGACAUUGAUGAAAAUGGAACCAUCGAGUUUAACGAGUUUGUGGAAGUAAGAGGGAGUGAGUGUAUGUCACCGUUAAUGUGUUAACGAAGAGUGUGUGUG